CACCGAAACACUACAACCUCCAGAGACGCUUGCGGCUGGUCCCCCAAACGUCCGUGGCUGAGAGUGCCCAAGGCGUCAAGCCGGAGGAAGUCCACUCCCCGAGUGAGUUGAGGGUCUCUGCGCACCCCAGUCAACUCAAGCAGCGUCUUAAUCCCGCCAGUUGUGGGUAGAAGGGUCUCGGAGGGGUGUUUUUCCAGGAGAGCGGCCCGUCAGUUUCCCACCGUUUCGCCGGGAUCGGGGCGUGGUCGUUCACGUCUAGGCCGGGGUCUUGCCUCCCAGACGCCCGCGACGACCCAGCCUCAGCGCAGCUAUGAACCUGGAGCGGGUGUCCAACGAGGAGAAACUGAACCUGUGUCGGAAGUACUAUCUGGGUGGGUUCGCUUUUCUCCCUUUUCUCUGGUUGGUCAACAUCUUCUGGUUCUUCCGAGAAGCCUUCCUUGUCCCAGCUUACACUGAGCAGAGCCAAAUCAAAGGCUAUGUCUGGCGCUCAGCUGUGGGCUUCCUCUUCUGGGUGAUUGUACUUGCCACCUGGAUCACCAUCUUCCAGAUCUACCGGCCCCGGUGGGGCGCCCUUGGAGACUACCUCUCUUUCACUAUACCACUGGGUAGCCCCUGACAACUUCUGUACAGACUUCUGUAGACCUGUUCAUUCUCCUAGGAUGGGUUUCUCUACUUUAUAUCGACUUUUCACACCCCUAAGGUUUGUUCUCAUAUCUUUUACUGACAUCUCCCAAUAAAGAACCCUAAUUCUCUA